AGUUCCAAGAGAGUUACCGCCGGAGAGAGUGGCAAGAGCCCGCGGUCACCUUGGAGACGCGCUGACCAAUGGCAGCAGCGAAAGCUGUUUAUGGGGGCGGGGCGUCGCCAUGGCAGCAGGAGAAGCCUUUGGAGCGGCUACUUAAUGCGGGUCCCGGGCCGCGGGCGCUCAGAGAGGCGCCUUCAGGCUGCGGGGAGGACGAGGGGUGCUGGCGGGGCCCUCAAGCUGAGGGCAGAGAGCCGCGGGGGUGGUGGUAACUUCUUCCAGAACCUUCCUUUAGCCCGGGCUGCGCUCUGAGCCAGGUAAGGGACUGAGAGGUCUGCGGGCCGCGGAAGGUGGGCGGCAGCGCGCUCUCCCGUGCGUCCCGCAGCCAGUGGUGGGCCUGGAAACUGACCUCUGCGGCGUUGGGGUACCUGACUUUCCGCCCCGAUCCCUUCCUUCCCCUGAUCUCCCAUCUUUUCAAAGAUCAGACGACCUUCCCGGGCCCCCGCCCUGUCGUCCUGCCCUCGCGGGCUCCCUCGCCCCUUCCCCUGAGUUGGGGUGGGGGUGUCUGACUUCCCGCUCUUGGGGAGAACGGGACCGACUGGAAUGCUCCUACCCUCUCCCUUCACUUGGCUAAUAGCGUCUCCUCUUCAACCUCGAAGAGGAAAUGAAGCGAGGCGGUCCCUGCGGGGGUCGGUCCUGUUUCCCAGACCUCAGCCCUAACACACCCUCGCAGCUGCGGGACGACUUUAGAGGAAUCCCCCCCCACGCCCCUGCCCCCGGGGUGGGGAAAGCGCUCAGCUCCCGCCGCGGUCCCCGCAGGCCCCACGUUCGCAUUCGGAGGAGGCGACCCCCAGGUCGCGGGAUGGAAGCGCGCGUCCGGGAGGCGGUGUAACUGGAGCCGCGGGAGUCAGCGGGCCGGAGAGCGCGGCGGGCCACCGAGGCUCAGCCGUGGGUGCUGACCGCCCCUUCGGAGAUCCCCGCAGACAUGGCGGAGAGCUGGCUGCGCCUCUCGGGCGCAGGGGCGGCGGAGGAGGCGGGGCCGGAGGGCGGCCUGGAGGAGCCCGACGCCCUGGAUGACAGCCUGACCAGCCUGCAGUGGCUGCAGGAGUUCUCCAUUCUCAACGCCAAGGCGCCCACCCUGCCCCCGGGGGGCACCGACCCCCACGGCUACCAUCAGGUGCCGGGCUCGGCGGCGCCGGGGUCCCCCCUGGCGGCGGACCCCGCCUGCCUGGGGCAGCCGCACACGCCGGGCAAGCCCACCUCUUCGAGCACGUCCGGGAGCUCGCCCUCGGGGCUACAGGCUCCGCCCCCCGACGACGUGGACUACACCACCAACCCGAGCGUGAAGCCGCCCUACUCAUACGCCACGCUCAUCUGCAUGGCCAUGCAGGCCAGCAAGGCCACCAAGAUCACCCUGUCGGCCAUCUACAAGUGGAUCACAGACAACUUCUGCUACUUCCGCCACGCUGAUCCCACCUGGCAGAAUUCCAUCCGCCACAACCUGUCCCUGAACAAGUGUUUCAUCAAAGUGCCGCGGGAGAAGGACGAGCCGGGCAAGGGCGGCUUCUGGCGCAUCGACCCCCAGUACGCCGAGCGCCUGCUGAGCGGGGCCUUCAAGAAGCGGCGGCUGACCCCGGUCCACAUCCACCCGGCCUUCGCCCGCCAGGCCGAGCAGAAGCCCAGCGCCGCGCCGUGGGCCGGGCCCCUGGCCGUGAACACCGAGGCCCAGCAGCUGCUGCGGGAGUUCGAGGAGGCCACCGGGGAGGUGGGUUGGGGUGCGGGCGAGGGCAGGCUCGGGCACAAGCGCAAACAGCCGCUGCCCAAGCGGGUGGCCAAGGCGCCCCGGCCCCCCAGCACCCUGCUGCUGACCCCGGAGGAGCAGGGCGAGCUGGAGCCCCUCAAAGGCAACUUUGACUGGGAGGCGGUCUUCCACUCCGGCGCCCUGGGCGGGGAGCUGGGCGCCCUGGAGGCCCUGGAGCUGAGCCCCCCGCUGAGCCCCGCCUCGCACGGGGACGUGGACCUCACCGUCCACGGCCACCACAUCGACUGCCCCUCGACGUGGGGGCCCUCGGUGGAGCAGGCUGCCGACAGCCUGGACUUCGACGAGACCUUCCUGGCCACGUCCUUCCUGCAGCACCCGUGGGACGAGAGCGGCAGCGGCUGCCUGCCCCCCGAGCCCCUCUUCGAGGCCGGGGACGCCACCCUCGCUGCCGACCUGCAAGACUGGGCCAGUGUGGGUGCCUUCUUGUAAGAGGCCGGGCCCCGCCCCCGCCUGCGGACAGCACCCAAGUCAGGGCCCAGACUGCCCCCCAACACAGGCCCGUGGAACCCCACUGCCCAGACAGGGGCUGGGCCACGUCUCCCGAGCUGGCACCACGGGGCCACACAUCCCCCAGCCUGGGCUGCCCUCGGAUUCCAGCCCCGGAGGCUGAGAACUGGGGCUCAGGACCAGUGACUCGCUGCCUCCCCUCCCGGCCCCCAUACACACAGUGUUUCAUUGACCCUCAGCUGCCCUGCCCCAGGGACCAGCUAAUAGCCCUGCGCUGUGAGCACUGCGGCCUGAGGGGCCCUGGCCGGGCUGGGGCCGGGGAGCCAGAGAACAGGGCCCACCUGGGCACUUUGGCUUCAAAAGGUUCUCCUUCCUCCAUCCUCCAUCCUCCCCCUCUCCCCUCCGCAAGGUCUCUAUCCAGAAAAAAUUCCCAGGUACAGCAAAUGCUAAUUAGGUGACUGCAAAUUAACCCCCGGAGGCCUCUCCGGGCAAAGCCUCCCAGGGCCGGGCGGGCAGUAGGCAGUGGAGCUGGGAGGGGCAGAGAGGAGAGAGGUGAGGUCCGGGCACCCAUGGGGCAGGGAGGCUUCCUAAGGCCUCCGGAGUCUUCUCCUGGCCCAUCUCCACCGGGGGCAGGGGCGAGGUGGGAAACCCCUAAUUUUUGAGCCCGACAGGAGGCUGACAGUAGUGAGGA